AUCAAUGGCGAUUGUGUUGCUUUGGACUCACCUGGAAAAAGAGUUUUGACUUUCGGAAAGGAAUUUAAAAAAGUGGACAAAAUCUUGUUUGGAGGACAAGAAAUAUCAUGUUGAAGCAGGGAUAAACCUGUGUUGAAGUCAUAGCAGGGAUCUCGGUGUUAGCAGUCACAAUAUGCACGUGUACAACAGCCCACGAGGGGUAGGACUGCCCAUGACUCGCAACAUGCCCUUCCACACAGCCUCAGUGCCUCAUCGCUCUCGCAACAUGACGGGGAUAUAUUUAGGCCUGGAGGGGAACAGCAAACCUCCCAGGUCCAAGUCAGCGAUCCCUCCUCUGGCCCGAGGCCGGGGGAUGUCCUUCAAAGUGAGGACACCAGCUGAGGACCGGAGAUAUAAAAUGGUGGAGGGUUUGCGGAUCAAGGAGGAGAAGAGAGGAUUUACUGGGGGAGCUCUGAGGAACUGUAAGUCAGCCUCCACAACGGCUCAGGAACAGAGACAGAGCCAGCGCAAUGACAGACGCAAAUGGGGGCCGGCUAGACGUAUUGACCCCAACAACAUUGAUGACCUCAUCAGGCCAAACCCACGCAACUUCACCCCGGUGGCUAACAGCGGUGUCACUCGCUCUGAGCGCUUAGUGGGCUGGGCACCGCACCCUGACCCCUACAUGCUGAUCCCAGACCCUUAUACGGUGACCCCUUCUGACCUCGUGGCUGACGAAGUAGCGGAGGAGGUGCACAAACUGGCGAGCAGCAAUGAUGAGCUGGCCGGAUUAGAAGAAUGUUAUAGGCGUAUCUGCAAGGUGGAGGCCCAUCCAAGACCCAGGGAGCUACCGCAAUCCUGCCCAGGCGGAGAUCCUGGCGGAAUUUCCUGACCCCCUACAGCCGGGCCGGCCAAAGACCGUUCCCAUACAGCGCCCCCUGGUGCCCAGCCCCUACUUCUUCCGCCACAACGCGCCGGGCUCAGGGACAGGCCCACAGGGGAAAGGAGUCGUGCCGGGACAGUUUGAGGGUGAGGAGGAAGACCAUGAACUGGAGGACGCUGGGGUCGGUGGCGUACGUCCACGGCCCAGACUUACUACCUCCAACAGCGGCGCCGACAUUAUGCUGGGCCUGGAGACAGAUGAAGGAAAGAGCGCCGAAGUGGAGAUAGACAGUCUGGAGUCGGACGAGUUGCAGCCGGAAGUGUUCCUGGAAAUACCCAAGGGCAGAGUUCGAAAGACAUCGAUUGUUGAAAAGCUCUCAAAAUCUAAGGAAUCUGAAAUGAUUGCCCUGUCAAUAAUGGAGAAUGCUGGCCAGAGACAACGAGAGUUUGAGAAACUCAUCAGCGAGCACCAGGAACUUGUACAAGAAAUCAGCCGGACGCCGAGCGCGGAGAACAUCGUCCAGACGGAGACGGGUCGUGACCCAUAGUGAGGAGGAGGAGGCGGCGUACGCUUCUUACCCAUGAACUUUGAGGACUGUCGGAGGAGCCGCAGGGCUCGUUGUUUUGUUGUUGCGUCCUGAGGUGCGGAUGGAUUACGCCACCGACGACGCACCGCAAUGUCUCUCUCUCUCUCUUUCUCUACAAUGUCCGUCACAACAAAGGGGGGAGGGGGGGUCGGUCGGAUCACUUUGGGGCUCUGCAGAUUGCGUGCAAAGUCUCUGCUGCGGAUGUUCUGACUUUAUGCUUUAGAUUAGCGGAAGAGUUGUCAGCUCGUUCAAUAUAGAUAGCGUUUUUCUUUUCUCCAUGUCAUGGAUAAAUGAAUUGUUCAAAGAUGAUGUUUGUCAGAUUUAACCUGAUCAUCCUGAUCGUUUGGGUUAUUUUUUUCGGGAGCCAUUUUACUGGCAACAUUUUUAGGGCUGAUGACAUAUAAUAUAUUUGUAUACGUCAGUGACAUAAAAGUAAAUAUAUAUGUAUG